AUGUACAAGAAGCACGAGGGUCGGAUUCCGUUGCGGAUCAAGGCUGUUCCGGAGGGGACGGUGGUCCCUACCCGGAAUGUCCUAUUCACGGUGGAAAACACAGAUCCCAUGGUCCCUUGGCUCACCAACUUCUUCGAGGUAGGGCACUCCUUCUUGCGUGCACUCAUCUGCUUCUCUCAUCUUCGCAAGUCGUUGAAAGAUUGUUCCCCGUGUACCCAGACGAUCCUGGUCCAGGUGUGGUAUCCCAUGACGGUCGCCACGAACUCUCGGUAUCAAAAGGAGAUCCUUGCUAAGUAUCUCUUGGAGACCGGAGAGUCCCUCCAAGGACUACACUUCAAGUUACAUGACUUUGGGUACCGAGGAGUGAGCAGUGUGGAGAGUGCUGCAAUUGGAGGAGCAGCUCAUUUAGUCAAUUUUAUGGGAUCAGACACAGUUGCAUCCCUGGCCAUGGUACGCAAGUACUACCAUUGCCCCAUGGCUGGCUUCUCUGUCCCUGCCACUGAGCACAGCACCAUGACAACAUGGGGUCGAGAGGGGGAACUGGAUGCAUGCCGUAACAUGCUGGAGAAAUUCCCUCGUGGCAUUGUGUCAGUGGUGAGUGAUUCCUACAAUGUCUGGAAUGUCUGUGAGAACAUCUGGGGUGAAGAUCUCAAGGACAUGAUUGUGGAAAGGGGAAGACAUGGGGGUCGCCUUGUUGUUCGACCCGACUCAGGGGACCCAGAAAAAGUGGUUGUGAAGGUAUUGGAGAUUCUUGGUCAUGCAUUUGGCACCAGAACCAAUUGCAAGGGAUACAAGGUCUUGCCAUCAUACUUGAGUGUUUUGCAAGGUGAUGGUGUGAGCUAUGAAACCCUAGGGAGUGUUCUGGAGAACAUGAAGCUUGCUGGCUGGAGUGCAGAAAAUGUCAUUUUUGGCAGUGGUGGUGCACUUCUUCAGAGGAUUGACCGAGACACCCAAAAGUGUGCCUACAAAUGCUGUCAUGCUGUCAUCAAUGGCCAAGGAAUAAAUGUUUACAAGGACCCCAUCACAGACAGUGGAAAGAAGUCCAAGAAGGGCCGUCUCACCUUGGAGAUGAAGGGUGGGACAUUCACUACCAUUCAGGAGGGUCUGGGAGAUGAUAAGAAGGACUUGUUGCAAACAGUGUUUGAAAAUGGACACCUGGUCAAAGAAUACACAUUUGAUGAGAUUCGACACAAUGCAGAGCUGGAUGUGUUGAAGAAUGGAUCACAGUAGAAGCGAGGAAUGAGUUGGACUGAGUCCCUUGCACUUAAGUCAGCACUGUGAUACUUGCAUAGUUCAGGUUUGUCUCAAUUCCAUGUGUUUAUGUUGUUUUAUGCCUUCUCUGAGAAAUCAAGCCAGGAUCUCAUUCUGUCAUGUUUUAUCUCAAUAUCUAAGCUUUAUUGAGUUUUAGAUGUUAAUAUUUGGAGUCUUCCAAGGGUCA